AUGGAAAGAUAUGUUAGAAGCACUAGAGACGACGAUAACAGCAACAACCACAACAGCAAGGGGAAGGAGACAUGGAUGAGCUGCAGCCAUUACGGCAGAGGAGGGGCCCCCCUUUCCGGUGGCUCUCUGGGAGGCUUCUCAUGGCCCCAAAGGUCAUAUUCUUGCAGCUUCUGCAGGAGAGAGUUCAGGUCAGCUCAGGCUCUUGGGGGUCAUAUGAAUGUCCACAGAAGGGAUAAAGCUAGGCUCAGGGAGUCCCCACCGUCGGGUCCCUCACUUCUCAACACAAACCCUAACCCUAAUCUUAGUAGUGCCCCUAUCCCCAAUCUUAACAUGCCUCCACCUUCAAGUGCUACCGGAAAUUGUAGGCACACUCCGGUGACCUGCAAGGUUCCCUCUGAGCUUUCUCCUCUGAUCCAUCUAUCUCCCUCGUCAGCUUCUACAUCAACAGGGGAAGGUUUGAAGAUCAUGGAAACAGGGAAGGCUUUGUCUGGAAUUGAAGAGUUCAAGGAUCUCGAUGAAGAAGGCAGCAAAGUAGUGAGCCUGGACUUGGAGAUGGGAGUUUCUGGAGAUUAUGGCUACGUGGAUGAUCUUGAUCUAGAGCUUCGACUCGGGUAUACUUACUAA